UCCGGCCGGGCUCCUAACAACGGGGGAGGCUGGUAACCAGGGAGGGGGGGAUGGCGGAGCUGGCGCCCGAGGCGGAGGCGGAGGCUGAGGCGGGCGCAGGCGGGGAGGCAGCGGCCGAGGAGGGCGCGGCGGGCCGCAAGGCGCGGGGCCGGCCGCGACUCACGGAGUCGGACCGGGCCCGGCGGCGACUCGAGUCCCGGAAGAAGUACGACGUGAGGCGCGUGUACCUGGGCGAGGCGCACGGGCCCUGGGUGGACCUGCGGCGCCGCAGCGGCUGGAGCGACGCCAAGCUCGCCGCCUAUCUCAUCUCGCUGGAGCGCGGCCAGCGGAGCGGUCGGCACGGGAAGCCUUGGGAGCAGGUCCCCAAAAAGCCAAAGAGGAAGAAAAGACGUCGGCGCAACGUGAACUGCCUGAAGAAUGUGGUGAUCUGGUACGAGGACCACAAGCACCGCUGUCCGUAUGAGCCGCACCUGGCCGAGCUGGACCCCACCUUCGGCCUCUACACCACAGCCGUGUGGCAGUGUGAAGCCGGCCACCGCUACUUUCAAGACCUGCACUCACCCCUGAAGCCACUCAGCGACUCAGACCCCGACAGUGACAAAGUGGACAACGGCCUGGGGGCUGGCAGCUCCAACUCGUCCAGCUCCUGCUCUGGCUCUGACUCUGAGGAGCCCCCUGGAGGCCAGCCAGCCAAGGCGACAGUAGCAGCCGCUGCUGUUACCCCCACCAGCCCAGCGGGCAGCAGUGGGCUCAUCACGCAAGAGGGUGUGCACAUCCCUUUCGACGUCCACCACGUGGAGAGCCUGGCUGAGCAGGGCACCGCACUGUGCCCCAACCCAGCAGGCAGCGGGCCGGAAGCCCUGGAGACCGUGGUGUGUGUGCCAGUGCCCAUGCAAGUGGGCCCGGGCCCUGGCACCCUUUUUGAGAACAUGCCCCAGGAGGCACUGGGCGAGGUGGUAGCCAGCUGUCCCAUGCCAGGCAUGGUGCCUGGCUCUCAGGUGAUCAUCAUCGCAGGCCCAGGCUAUGAUGCCCUCACGGCUGAGGGCAUCCACCUCAACGUGGCAGCAGGCAGCAGUGCGCCCAGCGGGGCCCUGGGUGACGAGGUGCCCUGCACCAUGAUGGAGGGUGUGGCAGCCUACACGCAGACGGAACCUGAGGGCAGCCAGCCCAGCACUAUGGACCCCACCACCAUGGCAGGCAUGGAGACCAAGAAAGAGAAGGAGGACCUGUACAUGCUUAAGAAGGAGGAGAAGGAGGAGCCAGUGGCUCCAGAGCUGGCAGAGCUGGCAGCGACAGUGCCUGAGAGUGCAGAGCCAGAGGCAGAGGCAGACGGGGAGGAGCUGGACGGCAGUGACAUGUCAGCCAUCAUCUAUGAGAUCCCCAAGGAGCCUGAGAAGAGGCGGAGGAGCAAGCGGUCACGGGUGAUGGACGCCGACGGCCUGCUCGAGAUGUUCCACUGUCCCUACGAGGGCUGCAGCCAGGUGUAUGUGGCUCUCAGUAGUUUCCAGAACCAUGUCAACCUUGUGCAUCGAAAAGGGAAGACCAAAGUGUGCCCUCACCCUGGCUGUGGCAAAAAGUUCUAUUUAUCCAACCACCUAAGGCGACACAUGAUCAUCCACUCAGGUGCGAGAUCUGCGGCUACCAGUGCCGACAGCGUGCUUCGCUCAACUGGCACAUGAAGAAGCACACAGCAGAGGUGCAGUACAAUUUCACGUGUGAGCGCUGCGGGAAGCGUUUCGAGAAGUUGGACAGCAUCAAGUUCCACACUCUCAAAAGCCACCCAGACCACAAACCCGCCUGACCCACCCUACCACUGACCGUCCCUAUUUAUUUGUCCACUCUGAUGCCACUCCUGGGCCUCCUGGGCCCGGACUACCAUGGGGGCCACCCCGCAGGCCGGAAGGUGAUGCCCCUGCCCCACCCCAGGGCUGGGCCCGCCCCCCCGCCCCCCUUCUCUGGAGCUGGCAAUUGGGGCUGCACUGCUGGAACUGUGUCAAGAGCAGAGUGAGAUUAAAGAGUGAGAAAGUAGAUGCCCUCCCCCUAGACCUGGAUGAUUUGGGGGUGAGGGAGGUCUCUUCUUCAACCUGGUCCCUUCCUGAGCAAGGCCUGGGGUAAGGGUAGGAGGUAGGGGAAGUCAUACGGGCAGACCAGGGACCUUUCCCUCUGCCUCAGUUGCCUGGGCAACCCUGAACACUUCCUCCUCACAGGGUCAGGGCUGGGGGUUUGGGAACCCAGGGAAGCCACUUGACAUCUCCCAGGACUCGAUCCUGACUCAGUGCUAAUUUCUCAUGGGUCACUCAUUCCCCACCCUAGAGAGGUCAGGGACCAGUUGGGGAGAUGUUCAGUAAACCCUUAAGACAUCUAUGGCUGAGACAAGCACCAUGCAGAAAAUAGUAUGUUAGUUUUUGGGGGUGCUGUUUAGGUCAGUGGUCAGAUGGUAUUUGAACAUAGAUCAGAAUGACAAAAAGGUUCUAUCCCAGAAGAAAGCUGAGGAAGGCAAGUCCCAGGCUGAAGGAACAGCCGGUGCCAAAACCCCGAAGUAGAAUGGGCUCGGAGUGUUCCUGGAACAGGAAGCCGCGGGGGAAGGGAGUUGGCAUGGGCAGGGCGGCUGCUCUGGUCCCAUUACCUGGAGGAGGAUACUGAGGCCACCUCCUCAUCCCAGGGAGAGGGGUGGGGAGUGAAAUCAGGCUACACAGCCGCCAGGUGGCGCACAAGCUGCAUGGGCCAGUAUGGCCGCAGCCACGUGACCCGGGGGACCACAGCCGCGAGCAGGAAAAGUGCCCUGGGGGAGCCCCCAGCAGCUCCUCACCAGUUCUUGGAGCUGGGCCGCAGCUAAAGCCUCAUUUUACACUUCUCAUUGGGGUCUACUCCAGCCAGGGACAGAAGUGUCGGCGCGGAAGAGCGAGUCCCCUCUCCCCCCAGGCUCAGUCCUCUUAGUUGUCUCCGCACAGCGGGAGCCAGCAGUUUCCAUGGGAACCGCAGUCGGGUCUGCGGGUCCAGGAGUAGCCCCUUACAGGCCAAGCCCAGCUUCUGAUCUCACUGGAGUCGGGAGGAUCAUGGGGUGGGGAACAAGCCCAUGAUCGCUUGGGGUCUCUAGAGUCAGCAGCCACAUUGCCCUGCCAAACCCUAGAAGGGCCACUCGGCCCGCAUCGCCACCGCCCAGGCUGUGCGGGCCACUAUGAUUGGCUUCCCUCUCCAUCAGCGUGGCCUCGCGCUCUGCUGCUCGGGUUCUCAUUGGCUCAACCUCGAGGGUGUCCUCCUGCAAUUCGUUCUUGUGAGGGCCGUCCCUGAUUGGUCAAAAUGGGCUCUCCUCGCUGGGUUUGACGACACGCUGGGACAGUCUGGAGGCUAAAAGGAAGUGCUGGGACGAGAUUAGGGUGGGGGCUGCCACUCUGGUUUAGCGGGUCGUGGCUAUCCAGCCCACAAGAGCGCUGGUUGGGGCCAUCAGGCCGCUGUCUGUGGUGCUGAAGGCCGUCCGACGUAAACAUGCACAAAAGGUGAUGUGCCGCCUUCUAUCGCCUUAGUAGCGUCCAGGUUCCCCCAGCAGAGCGGGAGAUGACUCCGCGGGCGAACCAAUCGUGAGCUCGGAAAGCCAGGACAUUCACCUAGCAGAUCAGCCCACCCCAAGUUUAUGUUGUCCCAGGGCUGCAGGGCACCAGCAAGGUUUGCCUCAAUCCUAAGUCCCAAACCUCGUUCCCCACUUUGCAGCAGUGCCAAGUGCCCCUGCAUUGUGGGGUGCCAGUCCACAGUCUUUGAACCCUAGAGACACCUAACCCACAGGGUCCCAGUUCCUUCUGCAGGCAGACUAGGACCCCCAGCCAUCCUCACCUUCCUCCCUUGGCAUUAAGAGGCUACACCUGGUCCCUCCAAAUCUGGGGACCCAGGCCUUUGCCUAUUGAAGUCUUGGAUCCUUGUCCCUUUCCAGUCUUCUUGUGGACAGCACCUCGGGAAGGUCGUACAAUGGGCCACAGAUACCUCCUCUCCCUCUUCGCUCCUCCAGCUCCAGGUGCUGGACAGAGGAGAGCCUGCCCUGUCUUCCGGUUAGAAAGCCCUUCCUAAAAGGGGUGCUCGGGCAGGAAGUAGGGUUCGCGGAGUCAAAAGAGCCGGAAUCUGGCAACACGAGUCCCCAGAAAGCG